AUGUCAACAGAAAUGUUUAUAAGUGACAUAAUCUAUUUGACCUUUCUAAUGGUGCUGUUGUUUAUUAUCAUCUAUAAGGGCUUUACAUUUGGUGGCCGCAUAAAUCUACCCGAGGAUCAACAAUUCAAUAUUACCCGGGAUACGUUGUAUUUUAAUCGUCACUGUUUCACCCGUGCAGAUCGUCAGGCCAACGUCUUUACCAUACACGAUGAGAACAGUCGAGAGAGCCGCUACAAUGACAUUUUCUUCAUUGAACCGAACAGCGUGGAGGCAGCACGUAUACGAGCCCAAUUGGAAAAGGAUGAUAAGGAUUUGCCCACAUACGAAGAAGUUAUGCGAAUGACUAGCAUGAAUCCGACAACGACCAGUGCGGCAGCUGGAGUCACAGGCAUGACAGCCUCAAAUGCCAGUGUUAAUACAACCGAAACAAUAUUAUCAGUACCGCCAUAUAGUGAAGUUGAUCCAAUUGCGGCAGCAGCAGCACCAAGUUCAAGGUCAGGAAAUGCCAAUGCCAGUAACUCAACAGCGACAGCCGUAGCGAGAUCUUCAACAUCACCACCACCCAUGCCAGCAGCAAUGGUCUCAAAUUCCGUCGAUAUUACACAACAAUCUGCAUCGAUUGUAUGA